AACUUUGUCGAAUGAUUCAAAUCAAGCACCAUAAUCACGUGACCUUCAUCCAUUAUGAGUAGCUCAAGUUGUUGUUGAAAAAACAUAAUUUAUUUUCCAAUUUAUUCUGCUAAGUAAUGCCUGGACCGGUAGAAAGAUGGCUUGAUUCGUUUAUGUGUUCACAGUUCGCCAAUGUUUUCGAAUUGCACGGUUUCAGAACGAUCGAAUCGGUAUGCUAUCUCCAGGGCAUCCACUUGCAGUCCAUGCAGAUUCCUCCAAAGUUUUGGGACGUCAUUCUGCGAAAUGUUCAUGGUCUAAAGUUGUCAUAUGGGGAGAGUAAUCAAUAUAUUCUCUCCAAGACACAACUGACUAACCCAGAAGAAAGCUUUCAUCAGAGAUAUGAAAUGAUGCACCCCAAUAUGGACAGACAGCAUAAUAUGAUGGACAGUGUUCCCUGCUCGACUGGUUUUACUGGAUCUUUCAACUACAGAACAACAAGUACUGAAACCAGUCCAUUUCAUAAGUCUUCUAAUAUUCAACAUGAUGUUAUCACAAGUGAUUUCUCAAAAUAUCCAUAUCAGCAUGGCAUGCAAGAGACUAAUACUUCACAGGUUGGAAAGGCUACAACAAUGCCUACCUCUCAGAAUUACAACUUGCAUGGCAAUGUGGCGGGAUCUAAUUCCUUAAGUCACCCAGCCAUGCGCCAGUCUCAUCCCCACCUUAGAAAUGCUGGACAGAACCCACAGGACGUUGCUAACAACAUUUUGCAAAUGGCAAACUCAUCAUAUCCAACUAACAACACGGUUCAAGUUCCCUUGUCUCAGAACCGGACCUCACCCUACCACAGACAGUCUCAGUUUGGUAUACAGCACCUUAAUAGUUUUCUGCAACAUGAAGGAGAGUUUAACCAGAGCCAGUUUCCUAUGCAGGGCAUGGCAUCUCACAUACAGCAUCAACGCCAAGAGUAUGGAGCAUCUCCAGUGAGUCCUGCCUCUGCAAAUAUGAUCGCCAGUCCACAUUCCCAGCACAGUGGAAGUUUCAGUCAUGCAGGUUCAAGCCCAUGUCAGAUGAACAGUCCUGGUGGGGCCAGUGUGAGAUCGUCUGCCUCAGACUAUGUUGCAGACCAGUGGUGUUCUCCCAUUCACCAGCCCAUGAUGGACUCUCCCAUGAGCCAGCAACAUAUGGCACAACAACACCAACCAAACUACAGCAUGUCAUCCCCCUCUCUGCAGGUGUCAGCGCAGUCCCCCCAGCACCACUCUCCUCAUGGAAGAAUGGCGUAUUAUCAUCAGUUUCAAUAUUCCAGCCCAACUUCCAGUCAAUGCUCACAGCUUUCACCUGGGGUAACAAGAAACUCACCGUCAUGUCAGAAUAAUUCACCAGGAAUUUCCACAAUGUAUGCUGCCAUUAAUAGACAAUCAUAUUCUAGUCCUUCUCCACAGAAACCUUUCUCUGGUACUUUGUCACAUCAAUCAACGGGGCAAGUUGUCCAUUCUGCGGCCCACAGGGUGGCUUUAAGCAGUAGUAAUCCGGAUGAUCCCCUUGUAUCAUUGCAGAGGCUAUGCCAAAUGUCGAGUACUGAAGUAUUAGCUCCCCAAACUAUUAUCACACACACUUCAGCAUCUCCGAAUUGCAGUAAAUUUGUAAGAUCACAUUCCAAAAAGGGGAUGAAAACUGACUUUUAUGAAAGUGAUCCUGGCAAAGAUGUUCUUGAAUGUGUGAAACCAUGUGAUCCUUUGCUUAACAAAAGUAUUUCUGAUUCUAAAGAUUUUGCUAAAACUACCUCAAAAACGGAAACUGCUGAUAAUGAAUUGAACAUUUCAAGAAAAAGAGUAUCAGAUACAACGGACACCUGUUGUCAACCAAAGAAAAUGAUGCUAAAGCGAGCAGCUUUUGAUAACCCAGAAGUUCCUGAAAAAGCAGAUAUGUCUCAAGAAGUUGAUAAUUCCUUGUCUUCUGUAAAUUUACUAGCAAACCAUGAAUCAACAAUUAGGGAAUCAACACAUUCAAUACUUCAGGAUCUAAAUACUGACAAUUCCAUUGAACAUGUGAAUGAUUCUCAGUAUUCUGUUAACAGACUAGAAAUCUGUGUGCGUGAUCAGACAUUUUCCAUGAAUAGUUCAGAUACAAGCGGAAGCCAUAUUACAGAAAAAAGCAAGCAUGGAAAUGAAACAGUUGAUGACUAUAAAGACAAUUUAAGCUCUUCAAAGAAAGAUUCUGUAAAUGAAGAAAGUACAGUUUCAGGGAAUUCCACUUCUGACGGUAGUUCUGGUAAUAUUGUAACUAGUAUUUGCCUUGAGCACUGUAAAAAAGAAAAGUCAAAUAUUGAUUUAGUGCAAUCAAAUAUUGCUAAAAUGUGUAAGAAUGUACCAGUAAAUAUUAUGGAACUAAAGAACACAAUUGGCAAAAUUCAAUCAUUACAACAAACUGAAAAGUCCUCAAGAAUGCGGGUGGGCAGUGCAGGGUCUCCUAGCGAUACAUCAGGUACAAGUGAUUACGAUGGUGAUGAUCUACAUAAUGGCGAACAAAGAUUUAGUGAUCUAGAUGACACAUGUAUGGUUGAUGGUUUGGCUUCCAGUAACUCAUGUGACAGUGAGGAUGUUGUUGAUGCAGUGGUGAUCUCAAAAUGGACUGAUAAAACCAAUUGUUCAGUAGCAACCAGACGAAAGGUUGAUACAGAUAGUUUGUCUGGAUUGCACUUUUCUAACAGAAAUCAUUCACGAGGAUUAAGUCGGGUUUCUUUGGAUUUCUGUCAAGGAGAUUCGGAUGUUGACUCCUUGGCAUAUCCAAGCCCAGAGGGUUGUGAUACGGUGGAUGGCCCGAUAGGGGUGGAUAAUGAAAAUGGUACGAUGUCUGUGGUUAGUUGUGGAAGAGUGAGAUCUAGGAAAACACCAGUGAAAUACAAAGACACUUCAUUCUUUCAAGGUGACUUUGUGUUUGUGGAGGAGGAGGAAGAGUAUUUGCCUAAGAAUCAGACCAAGAAAAGACUUAUCAAAACUAGUAUACCAAUGGAUGUUAACCACAAUACAAAGAAAAAUGGCCAUUUUGCUAAAAAAGACAACAAAUGUGAAAAUAAUGUAAAAUCUCCAGAAAAGAAGGCUGAUGCCAGUAACAAAUCAAAGCAAACAAGAUCACCUUCUAAACAGAAAGCUGAAAAAAAUCUUAGGGAUACAUUAAAUCGUCUUACAAAAGAAACUGUUAAACAGUAUUGUAAAGUUAAGAAAAUUAAGAUUCCAAAAAAGGAAAAAGAUGAUCGGUCUGAGUCAGAAUCUGAAAAAGAGGAAGAAAAGUGUAGUCAACAGGCCAGGAACAAAACUCCUGUGUUAACCCAAAGUUCCUUUUCUAAAGCCAGAGGAAGUCCAGUGAAAAAUGAAGUGGUGACGAGGAAAGCUAGUAGAACUAGUAAAAGCCCAAGUCUUGAUGAUGCCAAUAAAACAAAUAUUGUUAAUGGUGUGGCAAAUGAAAAGACUGCAACUCCAGCUAAAGUGACUAUUGCUGUACCUAGUAAAGUUAGUGAAACUCCUUUGAGAAAAAAUAGCAUUUCUAAAGUAACGCCAAAAGAGGAUGAAAAGAUUAUAAUUGAAAUAACAUCAGAUUCAAGUGAUGAAAAUACUGAAAGUAAGACUGGUAAAGAUACCAAUAAUUCAGAUGAUAGAUUAAAAGCAAAAUGUGAGCCAGAUAUUAUUUGUGUAGAAAGUGAAAUAAAUUCAGAAAGUAAUGACUUUAAAUUUUCUCUUGUGGAGGAUGAUAUCAUCUACAAUUUAGAUGACCAAAAACUUGAUGUGGAUGAAAUUGGUAAGAUUGAAGAUACAUCAGAAACUAAAAAUUGUGUAUUAAAAAGUGAGUUUCCAAAACAUGUCACAAGUAAACAAAGCAAAAAGAAAUCAAAGUCAGUGAAAGCAAACAAAAGGAAAGCAUUCGAAGAGGAUGAUCCUGAUUUUGAAAUGGGUCCAAAGAAAAAAGCCUUUAAAUCAAUUACUGCUAAUGAAAAAGAAAUAAAGAAAAAGAAAGAUACCAGAGAUAAAUGGGCAAAUUUUAAAGGUCCAAAAGUUGUAUUUGAAGGUGAAAAAGAGACACCAGACAGAUGUUUUGUUGUCAACGAUCCAUUUGACGAAAUUGAAGCAAAAGGAUCAAAUAGGUCGAAAUUGAUUACACAAAAUGUAACUAGAAUUGAGAUCUCCAACUUACCAUCAGACAAGUCUGUUCUCGCCCCUAGCAGUGAUAACCUUCAAAGUGAACAAUGGGUCUGUGCUUUAUGUGGUAAACACAGCAGUUAUAAAUUUUUGGGAGAUUUGUUUGGUCCAUAUACCGUGGAAACCAUGUCCACAGACCUGUUGGAUUUGAGUCCUCAAAUGAAUAGCAGUAAGAAAAGACGUGUGGAGGAUCAGCCUGGAACCGGUAAGAAAAGAGGACAAAGGUCGUGUAGUGUUUCCAUGGAUACUAGUGAAUGGAAGGAAGUUUGGGUUCAUGAAAGCUGCUCCAUAUACUCGGAUGGUGUGUUCUUAAUUGGGAACAAAAUAUACGGUCUACAGGAGGCAGUUAGAAUAGCAAGUCAAACUCCCUGUUCAGUGUGUGGGGAGAAUGGUGCAAUGAUUGGAUGUUUAAACAAGGGCUGCCAACAGAAAUACCACCAUGUGUGUGCUCAAGAAACUGAUUGCUUCUUGGAUGAGGAGAAUUUCUCACUUCUUUGUCCAAAGCACAAGGUUAAAAAACUGAAGCAAUUGGAGGCCAUGUCCACCAGCUUGGAUUAAAUGCAUUCUCUACAUCGGCUCUGUGUGUUUGUACUGGGUGGGGAGAACUUCUUCAAGAUUUGCACAAAAUUUGCGUGGAGAGUGUGUUGACCGGCUUAAUUAACAUGUAAGGUUAGGUUAGAGCAGUGCUUGAGAGAAAUGCAGUCCAAAUAAGCAUAAAUGUACGUGUUCAAAAUGUGAGAUCAAGGACUGAAGGGAUUGAAUAAUACCAUUGGAGUGAUGGCAUAUUACCAUGGGGGAUACACUCAUCAUACAGGGUAGAGAGAUAACGAUGCAUCUUACAGUAACUUCAGUAUGUACACACAUGUGGUAGUGUUACCACUGCCUGAAUACAUAUGAUUGUAUAUUGGCAUUGUCAAUUUAAUACUAGUGAUCACUUUUUAGUUCCAGCAUCAUUAGGCUCUGCUGUUAAAAAAUUAAUUAUUUGUUUUUGGCUUUACUUUUGGAAGAAAUAGAUACGUCCAAGUACUGAUUCUACUCAGGAAAUGAAUCCAGAUUGUCUUAAUCAACCAUGGGCUUUUGAUACAAUCAUGCUUAAAUAAAUAGAGUUGAAAUAAAGAACUCUUUUCUAACUCAACAAAACACAAAUGGAACUAUUGUGAGUUUUUGUGUUUAUUUGUCACUUAUCAACUAUUUAAUUCAGUCAUCUGCUGUGCCAAUUACACAGGAUGUAUGCCAAGAACAUCUUGAUUGUUAAAACAACAUGACUGUAGGUUUUUGGUUGUUGUUAACAGUGUUACAAUCUCUGCACUCACUAUUUAAAAUGUGUACAUGCCGUUAUAAUUUAUUUAAGACAUGUCAUUCUAAUUAGUUUAAUUAAGACAUGCCAUAUUGUUAGUUCAGAUAAGUUACCCAGUGCCAUCUUUGUCCCCUUGUUUUAAUGAUUUCUCACUUAACUCUUUCAGUGCUGGAACCGAAUUUUGAAGGCCUAAGCAAACAGUUUGGAUCCAGAUGAGACGACACAGAACCUGGCGUCUCAUCAGGAUCCAAACUGUUUGCUAUUCUGAUAGUAUUCUUUUAAAAAAAUAGAAGAAAAUGCUAAUUUUAGAAAUUCAGCAGGCAACAUUUUAGCAUAAGACAAAUUUCCCAGCAUGCAAAGGGUUAACUAUAUUGAAAUAAUGCCUAUUUACCUGUUUAUAAAAACCAAGUCCUUAUGAUGUAGCAGUAAUGUUCUAUAUAAUGGUGCUUAUUAACUGAGUUGUAUUGAACUAUUUUGAUGAGUAAUGAUAGCUUUACCUGUUGUCGUUCAUAACAAAUUGUGCUUUUUUUUAACAUUUGGCAGUUGUAUUCCUAUGUUAGUAUUUGUGUUUGGUCAAGUUCUAAAUUUGUCUUCUUCAGUCAUCAUAAUUUUUAAUUUGUUCUAAAACAUUUAUUGAACAAGUAUGUUGUAUCUUCAUACAAUUUUCUCUUUGAAUUACUAAAUGAUAAAGUUGUUUUAACAAUUAGUUAUUUUUACUCAUUAUUUUGAAAUGAUACUUUUUGCCUAUUCAGUUUUUUGCAAUAUUUGAGGAUGAAACCUACAUAUGGUACAUACUGGCAUUAGCUGUCAUAGGCGAACAAAUUUCGUGAGUAAUUAACAUAAACUUGGUACAACUGUGUGGUUCUAGUAAUGCAUGUAUAUCUUAACAGUGUUGUUAUUGUUAUGAAAUAUUGACUAGUUAAACAAAAUUGUACACAUGAUGAUAAAGUUAAACGUUUUUUUUGUAGCCCCAUAUUUUAUAGAAAAAGUGGUAAUGUAAUUAUACAAGAAAACCACCAUCUAAACAUUAUAGUCAUUGUCCUUAAUUUACACACACAUGAGUGUUUUCAUAGUUCCACUGUAUAAUUAUAAACAUUUUUGUAAAUACCAAUUGUUAUGAAUGGUUAUGUUGUAAUCUUGUAUAUUAUGCUAGAUACAUGUGUACAUAUGAUCAGUGUAGGAUGUUCUAAGACUGUGAUGUGAUUGUAAGGUUGUGUCGACCGACAAGCAGGGGAAAUGUGUAGUUGUAAUGCUAGUAUUUACUGGCAAACAACCAUCAGUUUAAUAUGAUGAGGAUAUAAUGUACUUGCUUAUGUAAGAAAGGGAUUCGUCCCUUUAUGAACCAAUGUGCUGAUAAUAAGCAAAAUAAUAGAUCUACAGUUAAUUCCAUACAUACUGUAUGUUAAUUGAAGGUAAGAAAGUAUGAUUAAUAAUUCUCAUCACUAAUAUUUCUUUCAGAAAUGAAGUAAAUUUAUGUUAUUAAUAUUUAAUUAUGUUAUAUCCUGCAAUAUAUUUGUAGUUUUUAGCUUGAAUAUUCACCAAGCAAAGAUAUACUACUCAACCAUAUGUCGACCCUGACCCUGCAAUUUAGCAGAAUUAUUGUACUUGCUGACAUUCAGAUCUAUCAUAAUGGGGCAUUUUGGGCUUCUUGGGUCAAGGUCAAUGUUGCUAAAAAAAGGGUGCAUUCAAGAACUUCAGUUAAGAUGGACAUAUUUUGCUUAUAUAAUGUGUAUGUGUUGUUUACAAGCUGAUCCAGCCCGGGCAUUUGGGACCAGUGGGGUCAAGGUCACUGAUACUCAACAUUGAAAGAGUUUCUGCUCAAUAAUUUUAGUUUUUAUUGAGAUGUUAUGCUUUAAUUUUGUUUGUAGAUAGCUUUCAUGCGUACCUAGAGUGGAAGAAUGUCAUUGUUGCUUGAACUAGAAAAUCAUUGUUUCUGCUUAAUGCCUUGAAUUUUUAGUUAAUGUGCUGGAAUUUUGUACAUUGCCUUCAAAGUUACAUAAAUGCAGCCAAGUAGUAAAAAGUUGAAAAUCAAGUUUCCUAGACUGGUCACACGUAUUCUUUCAAUGUAUCAAAUUCUAGCUUUAAACUUACAUAUACAUGUACAAUAUAUGUACUACAUAAUAUUUAUUUUUGUCUUUGUGUUAAAUAUUUGGGUGACCUGUAGAAAAUGUACAUUAUUCUAUCAAAGCGGACGAAUAGUCAAGCUCCAUGUCAUAGAACAGGUCUUGUUGCUUUGGAUAUUUUGUAGAAUAUCAGAAACUUUAAAUUCAAUGUUUGUACAGUAUGUUGAUAUCUGUAAUAUUUUGUUCAGUGUGAUUAUUUACAUUUGAUUCACCUUAAUGCCUUUGCUAUUAAAAUGAUAAAGCCAAA